AUAGCGAAAUGAAGGUUCUAACACUCUUCCUGUUGACUGCCUUGGUUGCAGUGGCCGUUGGCCGUCCGAACGGUGGGUGGUUCGGCAGUUUUGGCUCUAACUGGGCAAAGAAAUUCGGCUGGGACUCCGAUGACACUAAAGAGUUGCUGGAUGUCAAGUGGAUUCAGAACCAUAAUCAGAAUGGCAAUGGUCAUGGUCAGGGUCAGUGGAAUUCCGGAAAUGGUCAGGGACAAUGGAACGGAAAUAACCAUGGCCAUGGACAAGGUAAUGGUCAUGGAAACAACCAUGGUCAUGGACACGGUCAUGGUCAUGGAGGUCACCGCCCUCCACCACCUCCUCCACCAACUGAUCUGCCCGAGCUGACCACUCAAGAUGAUAUCGUCGACACUACGGAUGUGACUAAUCCCGCGGAGGAAACCACCUUGGCCCCAGAGGAAUCCACCCAGGCCCCUGAGGAAACCACCUUGGCCCCUGAGGUUCCAGAGGAAUCCACCAAGGCACCCGAGGAAUCUACUCAGGCUCCCGAGGAAACCACUACCGACUCUGAAGAAGGAAGCGGUUCUUCGGCAGAGACUACUUCUGCCCCAGAAGCUCCUGAGGAAUCCACCACCGAGGCGCCAGAAGAAAUCACCACAGAUGCCGAAGACGGUAGCGGUUCCUCUGAAGAAACCACUCAGGCUCCAGAAGAAACCACCACAGAUUCCGAGGAUGGAAGCGGUUCCUCUGAUGUGACCACCGAGGCUCCUGAGGACUCCACCACCGAGGCACCCGAGGAAUCCACGACUGAUUCUUCAGUGGUUUGAGAAGCCAGCUCGUUAAUGCCUAAAGUUAAUAGUGAAUUUUCUCAAGAAUCAGUUAAGAUUUGUUGUCUGAAGAUCAAGAAAACAGAUCUUGAAAGGAACAAAGGUGCAAAUAUUAAACUGUUAUUACUAAAUUAUUAAAAGUGUUUCUGGAGUGGAGCCCAGUGAAAACGUUUAUAGGAUUAAGAUAAGGACCUCAUGAAGCCACAUCGUGUUAUGUAGUCACGCAUUCGUCAUAUAGAUUUAUAGUUCCGGCAAUCUGAACAAUUAAAAUCACCCGAAAAACAACUAAAA